AUGCUUCGUUGUCACCAUGUCAAUGCUCUGCGGACGAGCGUUGGCAACGCUACUGCGAUAAGGGCUGCGCUGAGCCCGCACUGCAUAAGAACGUUUCACUCAAGACCCGGGGCCACUUCGUUGCGUCCGUCCAUUGCGCAGCAGGCGCGAGUCCUACCACGAACGGGUCUUUGGACGCCGCUGGGUGACGUGAAAGCCCAUUCAACUGAAAACCUAGACCAGUGGGAGAGUGCUGCGCAACCUGAUUCCACCGAACCGGCUCGCAAACGCAGAAGCACCCCUGAAAGACAUGAUGACGAUCUAUAUGCGCUUGCGGCGUCAAAGCUAUAUAAAGCGGAAGAGUAUUCUACUCGCAAUGGAAAGGUCUCGCGGAAAGCGAUUGAAAAAGAACUAGAAUGGUUGACGGAUCGGAAAGAGUUGGCCACUCGGGUCCAGAGCAUUCUGCGUAAGGGUAAGGUGGCCUUUGCGGUGGAGAUGGUGCGCAUGGCAUCAAGCCGGCGAAUGGACUGCGCAGCGUCAUGGAAUGCUAUAUUGGCACACUGCUUCAAGAGGGGGUCUUCCCGGUCUGCCUUUCGAUUCUACAAUGAUAUGAAAAAGCGCGGAAUAAAACCCAAUGAAGUUACGUAUGUUACCAUGCUAGGUGGACUGAGCAACAUGGAACGGACAAAGGAACUCGAUCCCGUGAAGGCCGCUCUGGAUGUAUUCCAAUCUAUAUCUAGUGCCGACCCGGGCGUUGGGCAUUCCAUCAUUCACAGCAAUGCAAUGCUCUCGGUCUGUGCGCGUCAUGCGGCGAUGGACACUUUAUGGUCGGUUGCUAGCGAGUUACCUGAAAAAGGACCGGCCUCUCCUGAACCAACGACGUACACAAUUAUUCUACGGGCUAUCCUGAACGCGAUGAUCCGGGACGUGGAAAAGAUGUCACUCAAGGAUGUCGAUUCGAUUUCGGCAAGAAGAGCACAAGCGGUUACGGAAGCUAAACGAGUCUGGACUGAUGUCAUUUACAGAUGGAAGAAGGGGGAUCUGCAAAUCGACAGCCUCCUGGUGAAUUCGUUGAACAGAGUGCUUGUGGAAGGCCCCGAUGAAUAUUCCAGCUACGAGGUUUUUAUGGUGUUAAACCAGGCCACUGGCCUCCCCAUCCUCGCCAAAGAGCCCAUAAAAGUCGCCUACAAAAAGUCUCGGGCCUUGCAAAAGCAUGCGAACCAGAAAUCCCAGGACCUGGAAGACGUUCCUUUUGUUGCGGACGAGAGUGAAAGUCUGUACAGGCCACCGCAGGAGACUUUAGAAGAGGAUGAAGUCGAAGUCGAGGAGGAGAACCUCGAUGAUGUCUUCAAACCAUUCUCAUUCGAAUCAGCAGGCGUGUUGCCACUCCCUGUGGGAAACCGGGAGCUUUAUAGAGCCUUGCAAGCGUCCGGCGCCAUGGCCCAAGGAUCGGGCACCGCUAAGGCGUAUUGGAAGCACAUUACGAGGGACAUAGGGUUGAAGCCAGAUCCCAUUCCAAUCCAUACAUACCUUCAGAUUUUGCAAGCGGCUCGUUCCAGUCGCGACGCCGUCGAGGCGAUGCGCGACGAGAUAAUACCCUCCGGCCUGGUGGAGUCGGACAUGUUUGUCGCCGCUAUGAAAAGCUGCCGCCGGGACAUCAACAACAUGAAUGUGCUGAUACAUGCUAAUGAGCUUCUGAGUCUCAUGGACCAAGUAUUACCGCUUCCCAAUACCUCGGCCCUCGAUGUCUACUUGAACUUGGUUAAUAAUAUACUGGCAAAACCGACGCUCCUCAUGUCGCUGAAAGGGGUUUCAGUCCCACAACGAUCAGGCUCGCUACAAUCUCUCGGGCAUGAACUGCGAAUCAAGCUACAAACCGUGACCCUGGAAAACCUGCGCCCUCACGUGGCUAAAUUGGAGGAGGCUCUUGAACAUGGUCAAACCCGCCCUGCGACAACCAAAUCCAGACAAGAUGGUCAAGGGAUCCCGGGCGAUUACAUUGUCACGAUGUUAGCGCGGUUGAGACAAUGGAUGUAUCCCCUUCUAGAUGGCAAGACGAAAUCGAUUCCCAAACCGGCUUUGAAGGAAUACAAACUGCUGUCGCAGAGGCUGCGGAAAUAUAGCGACAGCAAAAUUCUGGAGGACUUCAAGGACAAGAUUGUACUUGCACCUACUGAGCAGCCUGCACCUACUGAACAGCCUGCGCCUACCGAGCAGUCAGCCUCUACUGAGCAGCCUGCAGCUACUGAGCAGCCUGCAGCUACUGAACAGCCUGCAUCUACUGAACAGCCUGUAUCUACCGAGCAGUCUGCACCUACCGAGCAGAAAUCUUAG